AUGGAACGAGAAGAGUACGUCUCGAUGAUGUGUAGCACCAACCCCGAGCAGUACGAGCUGCUGCGCGAGAUUCUGCACCGUCAGACCACGCCGGGGUGGCCUCCGCUGCAGGUCUCCUUUACGGGACCCACGGGUUGUGGUAAGACCUUCGUGCUCAAGCUCGCCAUAGACGUGUAUAACCGCUGUGCGGACUGCUGCGGUGCCGUUGGCUGGAAAUACGGUUCCUCCUCCGUCCCUUCCGUCUACAACUCAGUCAAGUGCGUCAUCAUAAACGAGGUCAGUAUGAUGUCCGCCGACCAACUCAAACUGGUUGAUUGCCGUCUGCGCCAGAUCACGCAGCGACUCACCGAACCCUUCAGUAGACUGGACGUCAUCCUCGGCAGGGACCUGCGGCAGUUGCCGCCCGUGCGAGCCCGCGAGAUCUCCAAGCGGCCCCGCAGGGGCGAUGGUCUCCUUGGAUUAAGCACUGCCACCUGGCAUCAUCUCGAAUACUUCCCGCUCGCGAGAGUCAUGCGCCAGUCCGACGUCACCUUCUCCGCGGUCCUCACCAAGAUCGGGGAUGGCCGCGUGCUCGAGCCUGAAGAAGUAAAGCUUCUCAGGUUCGUCACGGCCGAGGAAGCCGCCGAGCGCGCGCCCUCGGCCGUGCGCAUUUUCGACUCGAACGCCCAUGUCACGAAUUUCAACGAGACCAUGGCCCAUUCGCAGGAUGACUUCAUGGUGCCUCGCACGCGUGAUCGGUACCUCGGCUCUAUAAUGCCACAUCUGCUCGAGAAUGCCAAGCGCAGGGUUGCCCGCAUGGUUCCCAGCGAGUUUGCAAAUCUGCCCGGGGAAGUCAUGGCCGUGGUUGGCAAGCCCUACAUGAUUACUCACAAGAUCGAUCUCGUGGAUGGUCUGGUCAAUGGUGCGGUUCGAGUCUUGCACCUGUGUGAGCUCGCCGGCCUACUGCCCGAUGAUAGAGAUGGAGUGGAUGAAGAAUGA